UUGUCGAUCUUUUAAGCAUGCGGGCUGAGGCCACUUCUUCUGACGGCCAGCCCUUGUUCAUUCGAUUGGCUGCUUCUGAUGUGUCACAGUUGUCAGCCCACGCGGGAAGAAGCAGUAGCAGCAGCAGAGUAGUUGCACUCUCCAUUUCAAUUCCACUGAGCGUUGCCGUUUUGAGUUGUCUGUUCAUUGGUGCAUGGUUUAUUCACCGCAGGCGCCGAAGACUGCUUGAGAAAUUUGUGAAGGACGGCACACCAACAUCGCUCAGCACAUUCACCUACAAAGAGAUGAAAAUUGCGACCAACAAUUUUGCCCAAAAGUUGGGAAAGGGAGCCUUUGGCUCCGUCUUCAAAGGAAUUCUGCCAAAUAAAACCCUUGUAGCUGUGAAAAGAUUGGAGGUUUCAGCUCAAGCAGAAAAGCAAUUCCGUGCGGAAAUAAGCACAAUUGGAAACAUAAAUCAUGUGAAUUUGGUGAGGCUCCGGGGAUUCUGUGUAGACGGAUCUGAAAGAAUGCUUGUUUAUGAGUUCAUGCAAAACGGGUCUCUCAACAAUUUCUUGUCCCGCAGGUCCAAAGAAGCAGACAAGGUUUUGGACUGGAAUACUAGAUUUGGAAUAGCUUUAGGCACUGCAAAAGGGUUACUUUAUCUCCACGAAGAAUGCAGGGAUCGCAUCAUCCAUUGCGAUAUCAAGCCAGAAAAUAUUCUUCUAGACGCGGAUUUCUCUCCAAAAGUGGCUGAUUUUGGAUUGGCAAAGCUUGUUGGCAGAGAUUUCAGCAGAGUGCUGACAACAACAAGAGGAACGAGAGGAUAUUUGGCUCCAGAGUGGCUGACAGGCGUGCCAAUAACAGUGAAGGUGGAUGUGUACAGCUUCGGCAUGACCCUUCUUGAAAUUAUCUCAGGCCGGCGAAAUAUUGACUAUAGAGUGCAGGAAUCUCAGUACUACUUCCCAACGUGGGCAGCGAUUCAAAUUCAGAAGGGAAACACAAUCGGUAUUGUGGAUGAAAGGAUUGCAGAUAAGGCAGAUAUUGAAGAGGUGAGAAGAGCAGUUGUGGUAAGCAUUUUGUGUAUUCAAGAAGAUGAGAAUGGAAGGCCAAGCAUGGCUCAAGUUGUUCAGAUAUUGGAAGGCAAAUCAGAAGGUAACGUGGCAAAAUAUGAGAGGCGCUUGCAAGCGCUCAUCGAUGAUCAUUGUGUUUACUAG